CACCCCGGCAAAUCAGCAAACCACGGAGUCUGUAACGCCUUGCUAGGAAAACAAGCACGCAGCAAUGGCAGCUUCUGUCGCCUGCGCUGGCUUCUUCUUCGACGCCGAACCGGUCCGCUAUCCCAGCCUGCCCGCGCUGGACGCGUGCGCGCUCUGCACCAAGCCGCUGGCUCGCGACAGCGACAUCUUCAUGUACAGAGGGGACACGCCCUUCUGCAGCGAGGAGUGCCGCUACGAGCAGAUGCAGCUCGACGCCAUCCGCGCGAGGCAGGCCGCCAGGUCCGCCGGCCGGAGGCAGCAGUACUCCCAAAGAACGGAGGCUCCUCGCGGGCACCAAGAGCCCAGGAAGGUGUCCGUGGUGACGAGCUGAACGGCCGGAAGCUGCAUAGUUUGAAGACUUGAAAAGUGUUUGGAUUGUGACUUUGUGCCAAGAAGACCCGGAGAAACGUCGAUCUGAUGGGACGAAGAAGUUCCAUUUCUCCGUCACGCUUGCCAAGCCUGAGCAUGAGCAGUGCGAUGAUGCCCGUUGCCGCCGGAGAAGAUUCUGUGAAAAUCCAGCAGCUUGGAUGCAUGCGGCUUUGCCCAUCUCAGCUGCCCACUCUUCAACUCCUGUUGGAGCGUGUUUGACAGUGCUAGACUGUAGGGUGUGUUUCAGCCCCAGUGUAACACCACACUUUGUAAAUCUGAAGAAUUUGGGAAGCUUGUUUCCAAUUUCCAAGCAAUUUUUUUGAGGAAAAUCAUGUCUGCCCUGAGCAGUGGAUUUGGUGUACAAAAUAACAGCCAGAUAAAAAAAAGCACUCUAUGAGUUCCAAUUA